AUGGCUAAAAUAUUUCUCUUAUUUUCUGUUAUAUCUCUUCUCCAGUUUAACUUGUCUAUAGGACAAAAUGUUCAAGGAGGCUAUUGGUUCCCUGAAAGUGGAUUUGAAGCCUCAGAUAUAAAUUCCGAUCUUUUCACACAUUUAUUUUGUGCAUUUGCAAAUCUUGAUCCCCAAACCUAUCAACUCACAAUUUCCUCCACAAACAAUGCCUCUUUUGCCCAAUUCACAAAUACUGUCCAACUUAAGAACCCUUCUGUCAAAACCCUUUUGUCCAUUGGUGGUGGAAAUGCAGACGAUACUGUUUUUGCUUCAAUGGCUGCUCAAUCCCCUUCUCGAAAUUCAUUCAUUGAUUCUUCAAUAAAAUUAGCAAGAUCUUAUGGGUUUUCUGGUCUGGACUUGGAUUGGGAAUACCCACAAACACCUUCGGAGAUGGCUAAUUUAGGUCUGUUAUUAAAUGAGUGGCGCACGGCGGUGGCAUCGGAGGCCACAGCCUCCGGCGAGGAGGCGCUGAUUUUGACAGCAGCGGUUUCAUUUGCACCAACUGUGAAUGAUUUGGAAUACCCAGUUCAGUCCAUAAACAUCAACCUGGAUUGGAUCAAUUUAAUGGCGUAUGACUUUUAUGAUCCCUCUUGGUACAAUUUUACCAAUUCACACGCUGCACUCUACGAUCCAUCAGGCCAAGUCAGUGGCAGCUAUGGUGUCGGGGCUUGGACUCAGGCUGGCGUAAGAGCGGCAAAACUGGUUCUCGGCAUGCCAUUUUAUGGUUACGCUUGGCGUUUGGUGAAUGCCAACAACCACGGCCUAUUGGCCCCAGCAAAUGGCCCUGCAAGUGCUGAUAAUGGGGCCGUGGGUUACAGACAAAUCAAUAACUUCAUUGCACAAAACAAUGCCGUAAUCGUUUACAAUUCAACUAUUGUCACCAAUUACUGCUAUGCUGGAACUACAUGGAUAGGAUAUGAUGAUACUCAAACCAUUGCCACCAAGGUUUCGUAUGCUAAGCAAAAUGGGUUGCUCGGUUACUUUGCAUGGCAUGUUGGAGUUGAUGACAAUUGGGCUCUCUCUCAACAAGCUAAUCAAUCAUGGGGAGCACAAUAUACCGUAAUAAGAGAUUCAUGGAAUUGUGAAGACAUAUAG